ACUUCGCGUAUUUAUUUAUAGAUGGGGCCGUGGACAUCCUGAAGAAUAUACUGACGCUAUGCAUUUAGGGGAAGAACGCUUCGAUUCAAUCGAUUCUGACAAAAAACCUCGAGCUGGCCAAAUUCUUUGGAUAAGAGGACUAACACGUUUACAAACUCAGAUUUCAGUACCGUUACGCGUUAUUCGUGCAUUCCGCUCAACAUUGGAAGACUUGAACGAGCGCCGAUCGUUGCAUAGCUUGCGCAGUCCACGCGGCACGAUCCCCGGUUAUCCGCUGUAUAAUUCUAACCUGCUUAAUCCUAAUUAUGCGCACCAGCAACAACAGCGUACUAAUAGCCCGCAGCAACACCAGCAAUAUAAAAAUAAUAAUCAGCCUGGUGGUGGCAAUGGGUCUACGACGGCGGCCGCCCUGCUCUCAGACAUCACCUACAUCGACGAAGAGCCGCAGCAGCAGCAAUUGCAGCAACGUUACAAUCUGCUAGUGGGGCAUGGGACGGCUGCCGCCAUCAAUGGCCAUUCACAGACAGCUCAGCGCGCGGUGAAUGCCUUCACUGAUGCUGCACAACAAAUACAGCAUCAACAGAAACAACUACAAACUGAGACACGAAUUUAAAAUACUAAAAACUACAAACUAACUAAUAAAAAAUAGAAUGAAACAAAAGAAAGAGAAGCGAAAACAUCAAACACUCAAAAUAUAUACACACACAAAAAACAGACAUACAUAGUACAUACUAAUACACGCAUACUCAGCAAACAUGAUUUCGAACGUUUCGAAGAAAAAUACCAGGAACUAUUUCAUAAAAGUGACCAUUGCAGAUUUUUCCGGAAAGUUUCAGAGCCAGAAUUGUCGCCGACAUUUUUUCUGUUUCAUAGACGCCUGGACCGACAAAACUAAAUAGCUCCGUUUAAAAGUUUUCACAGGAGAAUUUUCCAAUUUUGUAUAUGGUAAUUACGCGAAUUUCAUUGCUCUUCAAUAAUUUAAAUAUUUCUUAAAACUAAAAUAAUGGAAAUGCAAUGAUUACAUAUGAAUUAUAUCUAAAUUUCAUAUGACUGCCGACAACUUUGAAAAAACAUGGAAUUCAAACGGUGACAAUUGUUUUUAUGAAACAAAACAUCCACCAAACUGUCGAAUUUUCACUGACAAUACGGUAAAUGCCUGUCGUGACAAAAUAGUCACUGUCCCUUUAUGAAAUACGCCCCAGGCCUAACUUGGUUUUCACAAAUUUUCUCAAAUCGGUUUCGAGUGAAAUCACACGGAUUGCUUUUGCUAUUCUAGUAAUAGUGCAUAGAGAAAAAAACCACCUAAUGAAACAGAACAGAACUAAUAAUAUAUGUAGUAUGUCGUAUUAUUUGUCUUCGCAGUCUUCAUAUAUGUAUGUAUCUAUGAAGAAAAUCUUGUUGAUCAAAUUAAUAAGGAAUUACAUAUGUAUGUACAUAUUUUGUCUUUUAUUAGAAGCGCAGUCAAGUUAGCUAAAAAAAUAAGUAAGUGAUGUAAACACACAAUAAUUUGCAUUGAGCUGGAAAUUGGUACGAAUGUUGGGAACACCGGUAAAAAUAAAAUGUGAAAAGUCCCCAUCGAUCCCACAUCUGCAAACAAAAUUAUUCAAGGUCACAUAUAUUGUUUUUUUUUUGCAUUUUUAAGCGAAACUGUAAGAUAAUAAUUUUUAAUAAAAUAUUAAGUUCAAAUAUAUUUAAAAUUCUUAAUUUAGGAGAAAAAAGUAAUCACAGUGAAACAGGGAAUAAAUUGAACUUUUCCUUGAGUUGUGAGGAAAACAAGCAAUCGGGGUGAUCAACAAACGAGCUUUGAUUGAGACUAUUUAUAUGUAGUAAGUACUUUAGUUCAUACGUAUUGCCUUCAUAGGCAAAAUUAUCGAUACGAGUAGGUAUCGAUACUUUAGAUCCGAUAUUUUUCGAUACUUUCUUUCGAUACUACUUCCAAGUAAAAGUGUCGAUACCUGCAUGGUAUCGUUUCCUCCCUACACUUUUGUGUAACCUUUUUUAUGAUAAACCUUGCUUUUUGGCUGAAAAUUUAAAAAUAUCAAUUUAUGUGACCUUUGACCUUGAAUAAAUUUUUAGCAGAUGUGGGAUCGAUGGGACCUUUUGCAUCCCAUUUGUAAUGAUGUUCGCAACACUUGUACCAAUUUUCAGCUUUAUGCGAAUUAUUGCGGUUAUGAUUAUGGCCGUGGUGUUAAGGAAUGUCACAAAUAAUCGUUUAGAGAGCUUCGUUACGUUUGAUCAGAACAGCCGAUUGCAAUGGUUAUGUCUAUAGCAGCACUCUGUGUAUGGUUACAUUUCGGUUCAUUUGCACAGUAGUACAUGCAUAUGUCGACAUAUCGAAAAAUUUAGCUAAUCAAAUUGAAUGGGAGAAAUGUACUCGAAAUCGAGAACCUCAAAGGGCGCGUGCUUCUUUCGGUUUGGCAUAAUAAAAACUUAAAUAAAGUUAAAAAAAAAAAACAAAAAACCAAAACAAAUGAUUUUUGUUUCCUUAUCUGAAUUUCGUUUAGAAAGUUGAAGAUUCAAAAAUUGAGUAGUCAAGUAUUUUUUAUGGAACUGUUUUUGUUAUUAAUGUCACAAGAAUAUAUUAGGAAAUAUAAGUAUAUAAGAAAAUUAGAUUGUGGUUGCACUUGCUUCCAGCGGUAAUCCGUUAUUUAGUAAAUUUUCCUUAAAGUAAAAAACACAUGCGCGACGUCGUGUACCACAUGCGGCACACUGUUGGUUUUAUGUUUAAUCCUAUUUAAAAACGUUAUGGCACAAGAAGCUUGGAAAAGAAGUAACGGCUGUACGUAAGGGCGGUACAUUCGGUUCUAAGUCGGAUCAUUUUUGCAUUUAUUAUCUAAGUAUUUUGGACUAACUACUAAAAAACCGGAUUUAAGGAGUAUUUUCAAUGCGGCAGUUCACGAUUUGUAGCAUUUUUGGUAUAAAGGUUCUACGUAACAAUUUAGCACGCGUUUUGUUGCUUCUCCAAAAGCAGUCUACAUACAUAUGUAGCAACUUUACACCUUAAAUGCUACAAAUUUUGAGCUCCCCUAAUACUAGUUUAUUCAAGCAAACUUAAUUUGUUACAGGACGCAAAAAAAAUCGAAAUUUAUUAAUUUUCUGAAACAAAACAGAGAUACUUAGACAUCAAUGUAUUUACCUUUUACAUCGUGGCCACUGGUAGUAUUUGACGUCCCUGGGUAAGAAAUAUAUGUCACAGCCGCACAGUGGGAGACAUCACGAAAAAGCUUGCCAGUAUUCCGAAAAUCAAAGUUGUCCGACUGUUGAAAAACAUGGUAAUUUGUCAAGAUGAAGGUCCAUUGUAGUGGAUGAAAAGUAUAAGGCACCCUUUUUUUGUAUCUUCUUUACUAGAGCAGUUUGAACUUGCUAAUCCCACUUAAAAUUUUAUUUAUUUUAUUUUAAAAUAGUGGUUCAAACACUUAAUUAUUUUUUGCGAGAUAGAGAGCGUAGCUGACGGUAUCUUAAAUAAUCUAAGUCAUUAAAUUUAAAUUUUUGACACAACUAUCUAAAAAUUAAUUGUAAAAGCUGUCUCAAAAAAAAAUAUAUAAGAAUAUUUUUUUCAUUUGGUUGUUGAAAAAGUUGUGAUCGCGAGAGAUCGGGAUAUUCUGCAUUUUGAAGAUAAUAGAAGAUAAUAGCAAAAACAACAAGAAAGUAACCAGAU